AUGGAUUUUCCCGGUAGUACCGACAGCGGACCCACAUCCUUGCCAGGCUUGCAAGACAACAGCUACAGCGACCCGGCUAGCUCCCUCGACCUCGGUGCAUCGGAGAUCGUGAAACAGCUAGCGGACAAUGCAACUUUCUCCUCUGACUGCGUUGGCUAUGAGGGAAUUGACUGGAAUCGCCUCUCAGGCUAUUCUAUCAGUAGACCCCGAAAAAGGCCACGCACUGGCUGGGUGUGGGAGUAUGGGUACGACGUUGAAGAUGAUAGCUCUGGCCAUCGAUUUUGGGUGUGCAAGCUCUGCCACCGAAAGCAAGCCAUAACGACUCAUAUGUACGACGCCGCAUCGACGAGCCAAGCGAACAGCCACAUGGCAGACGUCCAUCGUGUCGACCGAGACGGGCAGAUACCACCUCGAGGAAAGAAGCAACGAACCAUCUUUGACAUGGUCAAUCUGAAUGCUCGUCAGCCAAAGGAACAAGCCGUGAUGAACGCAUUCAUAGCGUCAUUCGAGCCGGUUCGUUUUCAGCAGUUGCUUGUUCGCUGGGUGACUUGCGAUAACAUUCCGUACCACAAGCUCGAAAGUCCCUAUUUUCGCGAGCUUAUGGCGUACGCAAAUAGUGCCAUCAUUGACUCGGGAAGUCUUCCCACCCACACGACGGUUCGUGAAUGGAUUAUUCAAUCUUUCAACCGACACAAAGGUGUGGUGGUAGAAUUGCUCGGCCGAUCGAUAAGCCGCAUCAACGUCUCGUUUGACGCUUGGUCCUCUCGCAAAUUUAAGUCCCUGCUUGGCCUUACCGUCCACUUUCUGGAUGAUGAAGGUAGCUUUCGUACGUUUCUUCUGGGCUUGCCGCAGAUAGAAGGCCGCCAUAGCGGCGAGAAUCUAGCCGAUCGAGUCAGCGAAAUAAUCCACGAGUACGGCUUUGAGAGUCGUAUUGGGUACUUUGUGACAGAUAACGCAGAGAGCAAUGACACAUGUCUGGAGCACCUGAGUUCUGAAUUGGGAUUCAAGAAACAGCAUAGGCGGCUUCGCUGCUGUGGUCAUAUUAUCAAUCUCGUUGCUCGAUCUAUUCUUUUUGGGACAGACGCUGACGCGUUUGAGGAGGACUGCCAGGCGGAGAAAGAAAUCCAGGAUGAGGUUAAGCUCUGGAGGGCAAAGGGGCCUAUAGGAAAGCUUCAUAAUAUUGUUCACUGGGUGCAAAGGUCUGGUCAACGCAUCGAGAAGCUUCACAGGCUUCAGUCUAUCGAAAAUACAGCCCUAAGCUUGGAGAAUCAAACGACCUACGAUGUUAUUACGGAUAACGCUACUCGGUGGAACUCGUCUGAAGCCAUGAUGGAGCGAGGCUAUCAGCUCCGAAAUGCACUAGAUUCCUUAGUCCAGGCAGAAGUGACAGAAUGGAACCAGUAUGUGUCGAGGAGGACUCGAAAUGGGGCGAAACCGCUGCCGAAGAAGAGCCGCAAGAAGCCCACGAUUGUUGACGACAAGAUGACUGCCGAAGAUUGGUCAGUCAUCGCAGAGUACCUCGCCAUUUUAAAACCAUUGAAGAUAGCGACCAAGCGCCUUGAGGGCCGCCCUAAAGAUGGCAAGUUUGGAGCCGUCUGGGAGGUUUUGCUCACAAUGGAAUGGCUUUUAAAGCACCUGGAAGAGUCAAAGCUGCAGCACGAGCGAGACGAGGAACCAUAUCUACGAAUAGGUUGCAACCUCGGUUGGAUGAAGUUGGACCAAUAUUACACGCUCACAGAAGAUAGUCCUGCAUACCUUGCAGCUCUUGUUCUUCACCCGGCUUUUCGCUGGUCUACGGUGGAAUCGCAAUGGGCUGAUCACGCGGAUUGGUUGGACAGAGGUAGGGCCGCUGUGCAAGAGCUGUGGAAUGAGUAUCGAGUCUUGCCGGUCGAACAGGAUGCUAUACCGGAACAACCGACCGUUGCGCGGAAGACAACUGACUUGGACGACUUCAUGACUUCCGUUCGAAAACUCAGCACUCAUCCAGCUCCUUCAACGUCUAUCAUGCGUGACGAGUACGCUGAGUGGAUCGCAACGACUGACCCGGGAGAUUGCUUGGUGGAAGAUCCGAUCCAGUAUUGGCUUCUCCGAAGGCGUCAAUAUCCGCGCCUUUCACGAAUGGCGAUUGAUCUCUUUUCUGUGCCAGCGAUGUCUUCUGAGCCAGAGCGUAUUUUCAGUCUCACAGGACAAAUGGUGACAGCGCAGAGAGGUCGCCUGAAGGCCGAUAUUAUAGGGGCCGCUCAGUGUAUCUCGUCUUGGGAGAAAAGUGGGGUCAUAGAGAUAUCCAAAUGA